GAAAAAAGUUUCAGUAUUCCUCAGCUCGUGAAUAAUGGAGGUUCUAUUAUUACUCACCAUAUUUCUCGACAUACAUUCUGCUGUUGGAUGGAAUCAGAAUAUUCCAGGAGCUGCCCAACCCCCGAAAUCGCAAUCCUCGCUACUCUCACCCGUUAAAAAAAUGUUUUCCCUGCUGAAACCAUCCCAGAAAUAUGCUCCAUCCUCGAUACGUCGGCAACCACCUGCAAUUGGAUACGACUCCCGGGGGGACACUGACCUCAACCCCUUCAGAGAGGAUUCAUGGCUCGAUUACGACGACGACAACGAUUUGUGGGAGACGAAGCCCAAACCGGAGAGUUCAAACUGCAUUUCAACAGCAGUGGUUGCCAGUGGAUUAACAGCGAUCAUUCUUCUGUCGAUCUUCACUCUCCUAAUUAAAGUGGUUCCCUCUUUCAUUGGACCGACGUUAAAGUCACCCCUUGAGAUGCUCGCGAAUGCCGCUAUCGAGUCGUGGAUGCCUGCGAAAAAAUACACGCCUCCCAAUGUCAUCCACAAUUAUGCUUGGCCACCGGGGAGAAAUUUCGGGGGUUGGCCUAGUGCUCAAGAGGAUUUUAGAUAUGAGGGGAGAAAUCCGUACUUUCAUGCACCUCGGGGGCGAUACUCACCCUUCAGAAGAACGGAUAACAGUCCAGAUUAUCAGUGAUUAUUCGAAUAAAUAAAGUAUAAGAUGAAGACGUUGAUUUGCAAAAUUAGCGCAUUUUGUUGUUGAUUUUGAUUUUAAGGCUGCAAAGGUGCGAGAAAAAAUUGUGUAAUUGUGCAAUUGAAUUUUUAUGAGAUUUUUGCUGGAAAAUUUACGGCGAUGGGUUUAUGGUGAACAAGAGUUAUUAUCAUUUCCUCAAUCUUCACUUCGAUGCUUAAAUUUAUCUCCCCUUCGCAUGCCGGACGCAGGAUUGACCUCAUUUUGGAAAUUGGAUGGGUGCUC